AGAUUUUGCAAAAGUAGGUUAAAGUAAAUUGUGAGAGGAAAAGGGAGAGGAGUGUGGGGGCUCAAAAUAUCUCAAGCACCAUGGCAACUGCUCUACCAUACACAAUUCAUAAACUAAUGCAUUUUCUCUCUCACUACCUACCUAUUUCACUAAUCUCUCUCUCUCUCUCUAUAUCCUCCAUUGCAGCAUAUUCCCAAAGCUUUCAUCUUGUCUCAUCAUUUCCCCCAUACCCAAAACCCUAUCAUUACUCUCUUGAUUCAUACACUGCUCAAUUUUCAACUCUCUUGGACUCAUCCAUUCUUGAAAAGCUAGUUAGGAAAAUGACUGAUCUUCUCUCUCUCUCUCUCUAUCACACUCAUUUGUUGUUCAUCUGAUUAAAUCUUGAUGAUAUAUCACUAAUCCCAAUCUUGUCUCUAUACCCAUUUCAAGAAAAUCCCAGAAACCAAUACCCUUUGAGCCAAAAUCCCCAGCAAAGUUUUCCCCAGCUCACUGGGACAAUCAAAACAUUACCUUUUCUUGUGUUCCUGUGAGUUCAAUUCAAGAAAAUCCAAGAAUUUGCAGCCAUGGAUCCAUUUGCCAGCAGGGUGAAAGAGGAGAUGAUGGGGUGGAGUUCUUCUUCUUUGUGUGUCAACGAGGAUUGUUUCGACAUGUCCGAGGAUAAUAACCAUGAUGUUCCUCAGCCCUUGGAGGGGCUUCAUGACACUGGCCCUCCACCAUUCCUCACAAAAACUUAUGAGCUUGUGGAGGAUCCGACAACCAACGACAUCAUUUCUUGGAGUGGAGGCAACAACAGCUUCAUUGUUUGGGAUCCCAGGAACUUUGCCACCAAUCUCCUUCCUAGGUACUUCAAACACAGCAAUUUCUCCAGCUUUGUACGCCAGCUCAACACUUAUGGAUUCAGGAAGGUUAAUCCAGACAAAUGGGAGUUUGCCAAUGAAGGAUUCUUGAGAGGGCAAAGGCACUUACUGAGAACCAUAAGGAGGAGGAAAACACCUCCACAAACCCAAUCUUCUGGGCAAGCCUUAGAGUGUUGUGUUGAGGUGGGAAGAUUCGGAUUGGACGGCGAAAUUGAUCGGUUAAAACGCGACAAGCAAGUUCUUAUGAUGGAAUUAGUGAAGCUAAGACAAAACCAACAAACCACAAAAGCUCACCUGAAAGCCAUGGAGGCAAAGAUCAAAGGCACAGAAGUUAAGCAGCAGCAGAUGAUGAGUUUCUUGGCCAAGGCGAUGAGGAACCCAGAGUUCAUGCACCAGAUAAUGCAGCAAAGGGAGAGGAGAAAAGAGAUUGCAGAAGCCAUUAGUAAUAAGAGGAGGAGGCCUAUUGAUCAAGGCCCUAGCAAUUUGAGUGCUCAUCAUCAUGAUAUGAGCUUAGAAGCUCAUGAUUUUGCAGGUGUUUCUGGGUAUGAUAUGGAUAGUUUGGAGUUGGAAGAGCUUGCAAAGUCCAUGGAAGAAGAACCUGCAGGGAGUUCUGGUGAUAUGAUGAUGAAUUUGAAUCAAGAAUGUGGUGGGGGAGGAGGGGGUAAGGGGCCUGAUGAUGAAGGGUUUUGGGAGGACUUGUUGAAUGACAGUAAUAAGCUGAUUGAAGAGGAGAUUGGAUUGCUCAAUUUUGGAGAUUAUAGAGCAUAUGAUGAUGAUUAAAUAACAUUUGCAAAUGGACAUAGUCACAGUGUCUUUGUAAGAAUUAUAUUGUCAAAUUAUAUGACAGUGUACUUGCAGAGGAAAAGGAAGUCCAGAAGUGUCUAAAACAGCAGCUUUUUCUUCUUUUUGGGAGAUGGGAAUUCAGAACCCAAAGACACACAUCAUCAACUUGCAUUAACCUUGUCGUUUCUAGGGCUUUCAUAUGUAAAACAACUUUGGUGUUUUUCUUUAAUUAAUUUAUUAGAAUUCCUAGGCAACCUAGAAUUGUCUUAGUUAUAUAUGUAUUUAGUGCAGUCUAAUUGUGUCUAUCACGUCUAAUUAACUUUUAAGUUUUGUUUCUCCAA